GACUUUUGGGUUGUCUUGUCUUUGUUUGUUUGGUUUGGUCUUGUUUUAUACAACUUUGGGGUUCCUCUUUCGUUUUUGAUUUGGCUUGGUUUCAAGUUUUGACUUUUGAUCUUUUCAGCGUCGGUACGAUUGGCUGUUCCAAUUGUUCUAGUAACCUUAGAAGUUAGAACAUUAUGGUGGUGUUGAUUUUGACUGUAAAAUUGUUGGAUUCUCAGUGGAUUUUGGGGGUUUCCAGCUGAAAGUCAUACUUAGACUAUGAAUGAUUGAAUUAAUUGCUAUUUCAACUUGAGCAUAUGUUGUUUGACUGAGAAUCGAUCGAUUUAAUAUUAGGUGGAUGUUGUACUUCUCGCUAAUAAAAGAUGUGUUUUUGUUUUUCAAUGUUUGAAUUUGGUUUCAUUUCAAGAUUCAUCUGAAUUUGGAAGAAAUUCUUAAAAUCCAUGAGUUUCAAAAAUAAUUACUGGUAUCUGAGUCUAGGAUUGCGGCUGGUAGAUGGCGUUCCAGUUUAAAUUGCCAACAUAUCACAAGCAUGCCCUAGAAUUUUCAAUUCAACUUUCUUAGUUCAAUUGUUUGGUUUCUGGAUCUUGGGAUCCUUUUGAGUCGUACAGGAAUUGGAGCAUAUAAUUUGGAUCCCGAGGAGUAUGAUUGUAGGGCAUGUGUGGUGCAUAGACAGUUAUAGAUUGAGAAGAUAUCGUUAAGAUUUGGCUAUUUGGUGCCUUUAUUGAAGAAAAUGGAGCAGGAGAGAGAGAGCUGGAGGGAAAUGGUGAGAAAGAUGCUUCCACCUGGAGCUUCUCUCCCUGAAGAUGAGUCUCAGCUCGAUUACUCAAUUGCUAUGGAGUAUGAGGGCCCUCCGGUCUCAUAUGAAGUCCCUAAAGUCGAACCUCUUGAUGUAAAUUCUCCUGCAAUCCCAACUGCAGAACCACUUUCAGAGUCGCAGAGAUCAAUAACUCAUUCGGGUCCCCCAGUAAUUGAACCAAUCCCUUUGCCAGUGUCUUGUAUUGCUGGUGGUGUGACAAGUUCACCUACACAAACUCCAAGGGUGUCAGCAAGCUCAGAGUCUGUAGUGUCUGUCUUGCAACACCAUGAUUUUUCUUCAGCUUCACCUUCUGCUUCUCCAGGUUCUGUCCAUAAUCAUCUUACUAAUCCACCAAAACAAGUUGCCAACGAAGGAAGGAAAGCAGCAGUUGUUACAUUUAAUACUGUUGAUAGAUCAGAGAGGAAAGAGGUUGAUGUGGAGAAGCCUGUUUAUCCAGAGUAUGUUGGGUUUUCAAAAGAAAAGAAGGUGAAGAAAAGUAGAAGUUGUUACCGGUGCGGAAAGGGGAAAUGGGAAACAAAGGAAUCAUGCCUGGUUUGUGAUGCCAAGUAUUGCAGUAAUUGUGUGCUUAGGGCAAUGGGAUCAAUGCCUGAAGGGCGUAAGUGUGUAACAUGCAUUGGUGAGCCGAUUGAUGAGUCAAAGAGAAUGAAGUUAGGAAAGCAUUCAAGAGUGUUAUCUAGAUUGCUGAUUCCAUUAGAAGUGAAGCAAAUAAUGAAGGCUGAGAAAGAAUGCUCCGCCAACCAACUUCGGCCAGAGCAGCUGACGGUAAAUGGAUUUCCUUUGAAGCCAGAAGAGAUGGCAGAAUUGCUUGGAUGCCAGUUGGCCCCACGGAAGUUGAAGCCUGGUAGAUAUUGGUAUGACAAGGAAUCUGGCCUCUGGGGAAAGGAUGGAGAAAAACCAGAUAGCAUUAUCAGUUCAAACUUAAAUUUCACUGGGAAACUUAGCCCUAAUGCCAGCAAUGGGAACACUGAAGUUUACAUCAAUGGCCGGGAAAUUACAAAACUUGAGUUGAGGGUUCUAAGACUGGCCAAUGUACAGUGCCCUCGUGACACUCACUUUUGGGUCUAUGAUGAUGGUCGUUAUGAGGAAGAAGGCCAGAAUAAUAUCAGGGGGAACAUUUGGGAGAAGGCAUCAAUACGGUUUGUUUGUUCCUUGUUCUCUCUGCCUGUGCCCCAUGGUCAACCUCAUGGAGUGAGAGAUGAGGCUAGCAAUUACGUUACUGUUCCAAAUUAUCUGGAGCAGAAAAAAGUUCAAAAACUACUUCUACUUGGGAUGGAAGGCUCCGGGACCAGCACUAUCUUCAAGCAGGCUAAAUUUUUGUAUGGGAACCAAUUUGCUGAGGAAGAACGGCAGGAUAUUAAGCUGAUGAUCCAGAGUAAUGUGUAUAGAUAUCUUAGCAUUUUGCUUGAUGGAAGGGAGCGCUUUGAGGAGGAGGCAAUUUCUAGGAUGAAAGCGUUAGAUUCCGAAGAUCGUAACUCUGAAACAGGUGGAGAGAGUGACCUUGGUGAAUCUAAUCAAUGUAUUUACUCUAUCAACCCGAGACUAAAGCAUUUCUCCGAUUGGCUGCUCGAUAUAAUAGCCACUGGUGAUUUGGACGCGUUUUUCCCUGCCGCAACACGGGAGUAUGCGCCUCUCGUAGAAGAAGUGUGGAAGGAUCCUGCUAUACAGGAAACAUACAAACGAAAAGAUGAGCUUCACUUCCUUCCAGAUGUUACGGAGUACUUUCUAAGCCGGGCUGUUGAGGUCUCAAGCAAUGAAUAUGAACCUUCUGAACGAGAUAUACUCUAUGCAGAAGGAGUCACGCAAGGGAAUGGUUUAGCUUUCAUAGAAUUCUCACUCGAUGAUCGUAGCCCGAUGUCUGAAACCUACGCAGACAAUAUGGAAGCCCCAACACAGCCUUUGACUAGAUACCAGCUUAUUAGAGUAAAUGCAAAGGGAAUGUCCGAGGGAUGCAAGUGGGUGGAAAUGUUUGAAGAUGUACGUGCAGUGGUUUUCUGCGUUGCUCUCAGUGACUAUGACCAGGUGUCGUUUUCGCCAGAAAGCAGUGGUGGUGGAUCCUUACUUCAAAACAAGAUGUUGGAAAGCAAAGAACUUUUUGAGUCCAUGAUUAGACACCCUUGCUUCAAGGAUACACCUUUCGUGUUGAUACUCAAUAAAUAUGAUCUCUUCGAGGAAAAGGUUAAUCGGGUGCAUCUAAGCACUUGUGAGUGGUUCAGUGACUUCAGUCCAGUGCGGCCUCAUAACAACAAUCAGUCACUUGCCCACCAGGCAUACUAUUAUGUUGCAAUGAAGUUCAAGGACCGUUACGCUUCUCUCACAGGCCGUAAGCUUUUUGUGUGGCAAGCUAGGGCAAGGGAUCGACUUACCAUCGACGAAGCAUUUAAAUACAUAAGAGAAAUACUGAAGUGGGAUGAGGAGAAAGAGGAAACCUACUAUGGUGGGGCAGAGGAUUCUUUUUACAGCACUGACAUGAGCUCCUCCCCAUUUGUCAGGCAAGAGUGAUCUGUUUUUGAAUUUGUAUUUGCUUAAUUGAUGGAGAAAAAGUGUGGAAGAAAAAAAGGGUCAUGUUACGUCCAUUCUUUUCCUUAUUUGAGUAAGGUGGUUUGGUUAUCUGCAUCUUUUUCUUCAAUUGUGUUUUUGCUUGACCUCGUUAGAUUCUAUUUUAUUUUUGUAAUCGCAAAAAAUAUUGUAUUUAUGGUGCCACUCUUCACAAUUUUACUAUUUA